UAAAAUGGAGAUUUUAAUUGUUCAAACAGGUGGUACAAUUGAUAAAUGUUAUCCCAAAAAUAUUGGAGGUUAUGCAUUUGAAUUUGGAGAUAGUUAUGCCAAGGAAAUAUGUGAAAAAUAUACGAUAGCGAGAUAUUUAAAAUUUCAUUUAGUCAGGCCUUUUUUAAAGGACAGUUUAGAAAUUUCACUUGAAAAUAGAUCUGAACUUGCUAAUUUAUUGAUCAAUUCAAAGUAUGAGAAGAUACUCAUAACUCAUGGAACAGAUACAAUGAUUGAAACCGGUGAAUAUCUAACUACGUUUAAAGAUCAACUUAAGAAUAAAUGCAUUGUGCUAACAGGUGCUUUUCGACCUGGUGUAUUUAAAGAUACAGACGCAGACUUUAAUGUGGCCUUUGCUAUCGGUGGACUGACCAUGUCGAAAGAAUCUGGGAUUUUCCUUGCAAUGCACGGUAAAUUCUACCAACCAAAUGAAGUUGUUCGUGAUAAGGAGUCAGGAUGUUUUAUUCCAAUCACAGUUGAUAACAUACAAAAUUAAAAUAUCCUAAUCAAAUUGAGUUUCCUGG